AUGUUGAGAACAUUCACAAAAACUGCAAUCAACGUGAGAUCAACCUCACAAUUGAGAUUCUUCACUGCAUCCGCAAUUUCAUUAAAGGACACUAGAACUGAAACGGAUGCUUUCGGACCAAUUGAAGUACCCAAUGACAAGUACUAUGGAGCUCAAACUGCCAGAUCCAAGAUGAAUUUUAAAAUUGGUGGCCCAGCUGCACGUAUGCCAAUUCCUGUUGUUAGAGCUUUUGGUAUUCAAAAGAAAUCAGCGGCUCAAGUGAACGAAGCUUUAGGUCAAUUGGAUCCAAAGAUUUCCAAGGCUAUUCAACAAGCUGCCACCGAAGUUGCUGAAGGUAAAUUGGAUGACCAUUUUCCUUUGGUUGUUUUCCAAACUGGUUCAGGUACUCAGUCCAAUAUGAAUGCCAAUGAGGUAAUCUCCAACAGAGCUAUCGAAAUCUUGGGAGGUGAAUUGGGUUCCAAAAAGCCAGUCCAUCCUAAUGAUCACUGUAACAUGUCUCAAUCAUCAAAUGAUACUUUCCCAACUGUUAUGCACAUUGCUGCUGUUACCGAGAUCAAGGAUUCUUUAAUUCCUUCAUUAACUAAAUUGCGUGAUUCCUUACAAGCAAAAUCUGAUGAAUUUAAAGAUAUCAUCAAAAUCGGAAGAACUCAUUUGCAAGAUGCCACUCCUUUAACUUUAGGACAAGAGUUUUCCGGAUACGCACAACAAGUCACCAAUGGUAUUGAGAGAAUACAAAACACCUUACCUCACUUGUUGUACUUGGCACAAGGUGGUACCGCCGUUGGUACAGGUCUUAACACUAAAGUAGGUUUUGAUGCCAAAUUUGCUGAAGCUGUAUCAGCCUUGACCGGGUUUGAGUUUCAAACUGCUCCAAACAAGUUUGAAGCUUUGGCUGCACAUGAUGCAAUCGUUGAAGCUUCUGGUGCUCUCAAUACUGUUGCCGCAUCUUUGUUCAAGAUUGCCAAUGAUAUCAGGUACUUGGGAUCAGGUCCAAGAUGUGGAUACGGAGAAUUGGCCUUGCCUGAAAACGAACCAGGCUCUUCAAUUAUGCCUGGUAAGGUGAACCCAACUCAAAAUGAAGCCUUGACAAUGGUUGCAUGUCAAGUUUUUGGUAAUAAUGCUGCCAUCACUUUUGCUGGUGCCUCAGGUCAAUUCGAGUUGAAUGUCUUUAAACCAGUCAUGAUUGCUAACUUGUUGUCAUCAAUUAGAUUGAUUGCUGAUGGUGCCAACUCAUUUAGGGAACACUGUGUUGAUGGAAUCGUUGCCAACAAGGAUAAGAUUGAAAAGACUCUUCAUGAAUCUUUGAUGUUGGUUACGGCUUUGAACCCAAAGAUUGGUUACGAUGCUGCGUCUAAAGUUGCUAAGAAUGCUCACAAGAAGGGAUUGACUUUGAAGGAAUCAGCUUUGGAAUUGAAAGCUUUGAGUAGUGAAGAGUUUGACGAGUAUGUCAGACCAGAAUUAAUGAUUGGUCCAAAGUAA